AGAGGUUGUGUCAUUAAAGAGACUGAUAGACAGGAAAUUCAAAAUAAGAAUUAAGGCAGUGAGCAACCGACCCGGGCAACCGACAACCUGCUAAUACAGCCAACUGAUCUGAUCUUAAGCUGAUCGGACCAUCACUGAUAGAACCGAUUAAAUUAUGCCUUCUCAUAAAUUCCCAGAUGAAAGGACAGACUUGGUGAAAUCCACUGAAGUGUCUUACACGAGCUCACAUGGAAGUGAUCCUGGAAAUAGCAACGUUAAAAUAACUUCACAAAACUACCAAGGAUAUCAAAAUGGACACUCUCCGAGACAAGAGACAAGCUACAAUCAUGAUGAACAUGAUGAAGAUAGAGAUGAGACAAAACCACUUAUUGAAUCUAAUCUAAAGGCUGAAAUAACGGACUGCUUUCCUACUCGUUAUGUAAUCUGUACCAUGGGGUACAUUGGAUUUGUUCUAGUAUAUUGCUUGCGUGUUACGGUAAGCAUUGGGGUGGCGGCUAUGGUGAACUCGUCCACACCUCGUGCCUUGGAUGACAAUACGAGCGGUGAAUACUGUUCCGAUCGAGGAGGGAUUAAUAGCACUAGGCAAGAUGAGGAUAUUGGUGAGUUCGACUGGGACAGCGAAACACAAGAGUUCAUCCUGGCCGGAUUCUUCUAUGGCUAUAUAUUCACUCAGCUGCCUGGCGGAUGGCUCGCAGACAAAUUUGGCGGGAAAUUUAUUUUCGCACUGGGCGUGCUGUGUACGAGUCUCUGUUCUCUGGUCUUCCCCGUCGCUUCCUACGCAGGACCCGGCGUCGUGUUUACGACGAGAGUAAUUUCGGGUCUGGGAGAGGGAUUUACAUUUCCAGCCAUGUUUUCACUGUUCAGUAAUUGGGUGCACCAGGAAGAGAGAGGUAGAUUAGCCGUUGUUACCUUCUCAGGUUCGUGUCUUGGUAAUAUCCUCGGUCAAGCAAUCUCCGGAGUGACUGCAUCCACAGGUGUCUUGGGAGGAUGGCCAUUGCCAUUCUAUAUAUUCGGAAGCAUGGGGCUUGUCUGGUUUGUAGCUUGGUUAUUUCUCGCAUACAAUACCCCUGCAGAGCACCCGAGGAUUUCUCUGGCUGAACGAAAGUAUAUCGAAUCAGGGGUAUCAAUAAAAAAGACUGCUAAAUUGAGAGUCCCAUGGAAUAAGAUUUUGACAUCCAUGCCGGUUUGGGCUCAGGUGGUCGCUCACAUGACUGCGUGCUGGGGCUACUUCACACUCCUAACCAAUUUACCGAUCUACAUGAAUGAUGUACUCAGAUAUGACUUAACUAUGGCUGGUAUAUUAUCCGCUGUACCUUACGCUGUGCAAUGGGCAUCUAUGGUAAUAGGGGGGCAACUGUCUGAUCAUCUCAUCAACACUGCAUUCAUGUCAAGAACAGGCAUUAGAAAACUCUUUGUGACAACAGGACUUUUCGCGUAUGGGGUCACACAGGCUCUAGUUGCUGUUGUAGGUUGCAAUGGCGCCCUCUCUGUUACAUUCAUUUCUCUUGGACUUGGAGUAGUUGGCGUCGCGUUCUCGGGAUACCUCCCGAAUACAUUAGACCUCGCUCCCGCCUAUUCGGGCAGCAUCGGAGGCCUGGUGCAGAGUGCUGGACCGAUCUCGGGUAUCCUUGGUCCAUAUCUUGUCGGAGUUUUCACAGAAGACCAGAGAAAUUUAGAGGGAUGGCAGUAUGUAUUCUACAUUUCUUUUGGAGUUACUACUUUUGGAGCCAUUUUUUACCUCAUCUUUGCAUCCGGAGAGGAACAAACCUGGGCAUCAAAAAACACUCAAACACAUGAACAUGAUGAGAGCGAUUAUGAUAAAAUUUGAAUCCUUCGAUAAGGAGAACUUAAUAACAGGUCCCUGAUCGAUCAUAUCAUUCUCAGCUAUAAAAAUCCAUCAAUGUCAUAGAUACGGAGAAGAUGGUCAUGGAUUAUCGUUUUGAAAUAUAGAAUCGACCCAAUCAGUCUCGAAUCCAUUACCUGAAGAAGCUCACCAUGGGUAUGUUUCAUAAAGAGUAUUGAUUGGUCCCUAUCCGAUCAGUCUCAGCUUUGGAUAUCCAUCAAUGUCAUAUUUGAUAUAGAGAAGAUCAUCCCCAUGUUCCGUUUUACAAAGAAGACCCCAGUCAAGACAAUCUAAAAGGGAGUUGCAUCACUUUCGUAUUUCAUACGGAGAUUUACCAGGGGACCGUUUCAUGACAGUUACCAUAGUAACAAGUGCCUCUCAGCAUCGGUCUUUUAAAGAGCAAUGAUCCAUCCGACCCAACCAGUCUCAAAUCUAUCAAUGUCAUCAAUGUGGAGCGUUGUGGCCCAGUGGAUGAGUCUCCGGACUUUGAAACAUAGGGUUAUGGGUUCAACUCCUAGCCAUGGCGUAGUUUCCUUCAGCAAGAAAUUUAUCUACAUUGUGCUGCACUCAACUCAAGUGAGGUGAAUGGGUACCCGGCAGGAAUUUAAUCCUUGAAAUGCUGAGUCCUGGAAAGGUUGCUUGAACUACAGCCAGGGUAAUAAUAUCCAAGUCAUUUGGAAGCGCAUAUACGUUAUUCAUAAUGUGCUAUGCGCUAUACAAGAACUGACUAAAUAUUAAUAUUAUUAUUAUUAUUUUAUUAUUAUUAUUAUUAUUAUUAUUAUAUCAUUAUCAGUUUAUUGGUCCCGUCUCUUAAAGAGUAAUGAUUGAUCCGACCCAAUCAGUCUCAGCUAUGGAAAUCCAUCAAUGUCAUCAUUUUAUACCAUAGAGUUUGGAAACGAAGAGAAGCUCACUUAUUGGCCAAGUUAUUGAUGUACGUGUGUCUGUUGUUUAGAAAAUAACCAUUUGAAUAGACGUAUUUGAGAUGUUGGUGUUACUGGCUUCCCAUUUGCUUUUGAUCGAUCAGGUCAGUACAAACUGUUUAAGACAGGUUCUUGGCAGCAUAUACUUGAUAUAGGGGAUAUUUACGGUUGAUAGUCGUGAAAGGGGUGAUGGGAUGGGAAGGUAAAUUGGAUGGGAAAUAAACAAUGAGAACGUGUCGAGAGAGCAGACUCAUAUUUUGUAAAACAAGGUUUUAAAGGACUGUAAACCAGGUGAGAUUUGAUGGCUUAAACAUGUUAAAGAAAAGUGGGACAUUAGAUAUAUUCAUGAAAUGCUGUCAAUAAAUCCUCUCAAAAACAACAAAUUUAUAAAUUAUAACAAUCAUUUUAUCAUACUGUGAUUCAUAUCCCUUCAUUUCUUUUGAUAUAAUUCCACAAAGUGCGAGUAAGAAGGAGUAAUUGGUGUUUGGGAUAUCUGCAAACCUUUACUAUUUUUUUAGAUGUUGCAAUGCGUCUCAGAAAAUUGAUAAUAACUUUAUCUAUGAAUUCAGUCACAUAUAUUCAGAAACAUUUCGUAAAGGCUUCUAUAUGAAAAAAAAAUGUAUAUUAUAUAUAAAAAUAUGUAUUCAACUGCAAUGGUUGUAACGGUCCUAUCCAAAAUGCAGUUUAUGGAGAGCUGGUAGCCGUUUCAUAACGCUGUUCGUAAGUUUAAGAGCGACUUUAUAAGAACGACUGGUGAGCCUUUCUUGUGCGCUGAAUAAUCACCAAUGAAGAUUAAUGGUGAAUAUCAUUACCACUGGAAAGGAUCACCAGUCGUUCUUAAAGUCGCUCUAACAGCUAUUAUGAAACGGCUCCCAUGUCGCAUUGGACGUCCUAUAUACAGCUCUGAAAUUGUUGCGCCUCAGUCACACGGCGAAACAGACUUAUCAAAGCUUUGAGUGUUUCCAAUGGCAUACCACCGGACGGUUCGCGCUGAUAUGACUGCAGCAUUACAUAUGGUGAUUUUUCGCCAAACAGUAUUUAAUACAUUUCUGUCAAUUUUAUGUUGUUUUCUUAUUAAAACCAAAGAUUAUAUAUAUCACAUCUUUCUAUGCACAUAGACCUUGCCAAAUAUAGCAAUUUUUCUGAUCUUGUACGUAGACCUUGCAUUGUCAUUGUGUAGGCCUAUAACUAAUCUUACCAAAGAGGCUCAAAGAAUAAAAGGCAUGUUGUCUUUAAUAUCUUUUUUUUCUGUAUUUCUAAACUCAUGUAAUUGUAGUUUUAUACAUAGUGUUUUUCUAUUAUUAGAUAUUAGGAUCAGAUUGUCCCAAGUGGGAAAUUCAUUUUGUGCAAUUACAAUAUGAUAAAAAAAAUUAACAGUACCCAGGCAGUUAAAAAUGAAAGACUAAAACCAAGCAAAGAGUUUGAAAAAUUGUUUUUAAUUAUACAUCGUUGGCAAUAACCUCGAC